AUGUCUUCGCAACCCCUCCAGAUCAUAUCCACGCUGCGCUACGAUCCGUCUCUACCAACGGUAGUUCGACAACGACUUGGCAAUGCCCAUACCUACCCUGACCCGCUGCUCACCCCAUACUACCUCCUCCCAUACCACCAAGACCGUCUCCGCAGCGCCGCGCGCUAUUUCAACUGGGACAAUGCGUCGAGGUUUCUCGAGCAAGACCUCACCCAAUUCGCCCAAUACCUUGACAGCUUCAUACCUCAGAAGGGGAAGUGCUGGCGUGUUCGGAUAGUCGUGGACCAGAGCGGAGGCUGCAAGGUCGAGUCCGUUGCUGAGCCACGCAUCGAAUUGGAGAACUUCCUCGUCCCCUUCAUUAUCAGCCCAGCCUCUACACCAUGGCGGGUGUUCGUCGACAUCGCCUACACGACGCCGUCGGGACUCACUACCCACAAAACAACCGCAAGGGAGGAUUACACAGCUGCACGAGGUCGGGCCGGAAUCGCGACACCCCAGGAUAACGCCGAGGUCCUACUAGUCAAUCCGCGAGGCGAGAUCAUGGAGGGCAGCAUCACCACCCCGUAUUUCCGGCGGCGAGACCAUGCAAGACGAGACGGCCCUGCAUGGAUUACACCGCCGCUAUCAAGUGGUGGUAAUGCAGGCACGACCAGGCGUUAUGCCCUAGUCCAAGGCUUUUGCACCGAGGAAGUCAUUACUAUUCGAGAUCUCAUCGAUGGCGAGUUUUGCUUGUUAAGCAAUGGGGUCCGAGGGUUCCUUCUUGGGAAGAUCAUCCUCAAACCAGAGGUUUAA